UGGUCCGCUCCUAUUUGAGGUCACGUGAUCCCGGCGCCAUUACGAUUUGUCAACAGACGGAUUUUACGAAGGAGGGCAAUCUUUUAUCAUCGGCGUUGCUGGAUAGCUAAUCCGGAUUAUUAUUGGUUAUCUGGAUAAAACUAUCUAAUUUCUAAAGAUGUGGAAAUUAAGGGAAAUAACAGAUAAAGUCACAAAUGUGGUAAUGAACUAUACAGAAGUGGAGACCAAAGUCAGAGAAGCCACAAAUGAUGAUGCUUGGGGACCACAUGGUCAGAUUAUGCAGGAGAUUGCUCGCUACACAUUUACCUACGAACAUUUCCCAGAGGUUAUGGGAAUGCUGUGGAAACGAAUGUUGCAUGACAACAAGAAAAACUGGAGACGAACUUACAAGUCCUUGCUAUUGUUGGCAUACUUAGUGAGAAAUGGAUCAGAAAAGAGUGUCACAAGUUGUAGAGAACACCUUUAUGACCUCCGUGGACUAGAGAGUUACACAUUUACUGAUGAAUUGGGAAAGGACCAAGGAUUAAAUGUGAGAACCAAAGCAAAGGAACUGGUAGACUUUAUUCAGGACGAUGAGAGGUUACGAGAAGAACGUAAAAAAGCCAAAAAGAAUCGUGAUAAAUACAUUGGAAUGUCCGGUGAUAGUUACUCAUCCUCAAGCAGAUACAGUGACAGAUAUGAUGAAGAGCCUGCAUCGACCGGUGGGGGUGGGGGAGGUGGUAGUGUCAGCAGUAAUAGUGGCCGGUCAAAGUACAGACUAGACGAAAUUGACGACUGGGAGACUGGCAAUAAAUCUAUAGCCACAGAGGCUGUAGACAAGGUCAAAGGUCUGUGGAACAAAGUUCAAGGUCGAAGAGGUCCUGAUGAUAUAGUAGACUACAGCUCAAACCGCGCCCCUGGUGGCAGAAAGAACAGUUUGACUGACUUUAGGUAUUAUAAACCCUCAAGUGAUGAACCAGAAAACAAAUGUGAUGAUUUUGAUGAUACUCCAAGUUCUAAGUAUUCCUACAAAGACGAUGAUGAAGAGUUUACAUCUGUAGAACGUACACACACCACUAGAACAGAGAAAAUCACAACGAACCGCCGCACACGAUCUGUAGGGAAAAAACUCGACCUAGGGGCAUCUUCUAGUUUAGGAAAAGAUAAAUCUGACACAACGUCACAGACCAGUAGCACCGGUGUGAGAGAUGACUUUGGACCAAGCUUACUCGACAUGGGAAAUACCAAGUCAGUGGAUGACGGCUUUGCUGAUUUCAAAUCAGCAACAGCGAAUGGUGAUUUUAAUCCAAGAGGAGAUAUGACAGCUGUUUCUCCAAACAAAGAGUUUGGGGAUUUCGCGGCCUUUGACAAUAAUGGUUCCAGUGUUGCCAAACCAACAGGAAGUGAUAGCUUUGCAGACUUCUCUCAAUUCAACCCAGCUGCUGCUAGCUCUUCAAGUUCAGAGACAGCAAGCAAUGAUUUAUUGGACGUGUUUGGAAACACCCCUGCCUCUGUUUCCAGCAGUGGUAAUAUGGGUAUUCCAGCUAUGGGCAACAUGAAUAUGUCUGGGAUGAACCAGCCCAUGAUGGGCGUAAAUAUGAAUAUGGGAAUGAGUGGAGUGCCAAAUCAGAUGGGAAUGAAUCCUCAGAUGAUGGGUAUGACGUCACAACCUCAGAUGACUGGAAUGAACAUGGCACCGGGAAUGUCCCAAGGCAUGAUGGCACCUAUGGGAAUGCAACAGCCAAUGAUGAUGCAGCCAGGAAUGCCUCAAAACAUGGGAUUUGCAGCCAGUUUUCCAAUGCAAACCACAGGAAUGGUUGCAGAAAAAACGGAAAUAACUAGCAUUACUACUACAUCCACAUCUGAAACCAAGCAAAAGAGUGCCAACACAUGGACAGAUACCGGUAAAGUCAACAUCGAUCUGGAUGGGCUGGGCUCCACCAACAAGUUCCAGAAGCAUUCACAGCCAUCCAUGAAUCAGCUACAGCAGCAGUCUAGUCCAGGUGUACCAGUCAACUCUUGGAACCCAGAGUUGUAUCAGAUGGGCUACCCGCCUGAAUAUGGAAUGAUGAUGGGGAACCAGCCAGGAAUGAGUGGUCUACAGCAGGGAAUACAGAACAUAGCAAUAAACCCUGGUGGUAUGAUGGGUCAGCCUGCACCAAUGAUGGGGCAUCAGAUGGGAAUGUCUGUUGGCAUGCAGGGAAAUAUGGGAAUGCAGGCAGGCAUGAUGGGUAAUAUGCCUGUCGGGUCAAUGGGAAUGCAGAGCAAAAUGAUGGGUCAAAGUCAGUUCCAGCAGAAAACCGAUGCAGCAUUCAGUGCUUUUGGCAAUUUUGGAAAAAAGUGAUCGAAAGUGCAUAUGUUUUAAGUGUUUGAUUUUAAUGAAUACAGGAUCUACAAUGUAUGGAAAAGGUCAGGAAUCUCCAUUCGUAGAACAUCAGCAUUACCAUGCUGGAGAGAACGAUAAAACUGAUUCACCUUGGAAUCUUCCCAUCAAUGAGGUGAUAUAUCUCGAUACAUUGAUGUAGAAAGUUUUUAUGACAUGGAUGUUGUGUUUAAUAUUUCAUGGAAUGGAAUACUGAUGUGAUAAAAAAGAAAUAUGUGAAAAUGUACAAUAUUUACUAUACUUACUAUAUUUUUUUUAAUUGUGCAAUACAUAAUUCUUUUUUUUUUUGUAUUCUGUAUGAUUUUGGGUCAAAUACUAUUUACAUACAAUGAAGACUUACAGUAGCAAGAAUUUAGCUAGCAGUUACUACUGUUACAUUGAGGGCCAAUACUGCAUGUAAUCUUCUCCAUGCCUCUGCAAUAGAUAUUUAUUAAAAUCCAAGAGUAGAAUAGCUGUUGAGAAAUGUAUGUUCAAUUUAUUUGUUUGGGUUGUGAUCAUGAUGUUAAAACAAAAACCACAUGUAGAUUAUAAAUAAUCUGAUGUCAGAAAUUAAAAUCUGUUAAAUUGGAUUUAAAUGAACGCUAUUUAUUAUUUUUAAUCUAUAAAUAUACAUGUAUAUACUGUAUGCAUUACUAUAAUUAACAGUUUGAUUUCAAACCCUUCAGUGUUUAUUUAAGAAAUAGUCUAAUCUUGGCUUUCCUUUAAAGAAGUUUGGUCGUAAUACCGGUAAUGUUGAUACUUUUUUUUUCAAAUAAUUCAGGUUUACAAAUUGGCUUUAUAAUUAUUUUUGAGAAAAAAUUCCUUUGAUUGGCAUUAGCAUUUUUUCUGGAUGGUUAUGAAAAUAAAUAUGUUUAAGUUUCUUUUCUAGCAUAUAUGUUCAUUAAUUCAUUGUAUUGAAUUUUAUAAAAGGGGUUAAUAUCAAAAUCAACUUUGUAGUGUUUGAAGUGAUUUAACCAAUGGUAAUUAUUGCUAUUCUUUAUUUCAAUUAGAGAUUGUUAGUAAACACAGGAAUCCAGUAAUAUUUACCUAUUAUUUAGAGUCUACCUUUUUCAGUUUGUUUUGUUUACUUAAGUGGCUACAUUGGCCUAUAUACUUACUAGAUUGAAGCAUUAACCUAUAACCCAGAAAAAAAAGAGUUAAAAAUGUUUUAUUUAAACAAUAAUAACCUGAUAAGUUAUGUAUAUGAAUGUUCCAAAAUAGUUAUGUAGAAAUUAUGACUGUACUUUAAAUUCAAAUGAAAUUAGUCAACUACAAUAUGAAGUAAAGUUAAUCAUGACUCCUGUACUCUUAUUUGUGUAAGAGAUGUUUAUGAUUAUGCCAAAUAAGAUUUUUAAACAGAAAAUUCAUUUAUAAAUGAAAAAUUUAUUAAUUUAGAGCUUGAAAUUUUAUUACGCUGCUAUUUGAAGAUUGUGUUAUUUUUUCCCUUAAGAGAGUUAUCUCACCAUUGUCUAUUAAAAACAUCAAAUAUAUCAAAGGAAGAACAUAUCUAGGUGUUGGCAAAGACUCAUUUAUCAUGUGAUAUGCUUCUGCUACAUUCCAGUGAAGGUUUAUUUCUACAGUGAAUUUUGGCAAUUACAAACUUGCUCAAUAACACUGCUACUGUUUUAGAAAAAGUUUCUCAAAUCAUCACAAAUAUCUUGCCUUUACUUUUUACCUUGUGCUAUUCAUCGGGAUUUACAAACAUCAUUUAAGUGCUGUAAAGUAUCAUAUGAUGAAAUGACUUUGAAAUAAUCAUCUUGCAAUAUGGGUCCAAAUGAUCAAAUUGUAUUUUGUUCAUUCUCUGGGGUUUGCAUGUUUAUGUUGGAUGUAGGGUUAGUCAAGAUAUUGGUCAACUGGUACCAAAUCACAUAAACAAUCGAUCAAUUUUUUAUGUGUACUAUUUCAGAUCCCUCUACAUGUACUUUUGUAGAUAGAGCAGUAGUCUUUAUGUAAGAUUUGACCAUUGAACUUAUAUAUUUUUUUAAAAGUUCAUGUAAUAUAUAAUUGCAAUUGUGUAGAAAGAUUUCAUGCGUUUGCAUGGGCAUAUAUGAAUAGUACAGAAGAUCUGGCAUAAAAACAUAUUGGGAAAGUGUACACUGAAUACAGAAGUAAUUGUAUAUUUACAUAUUUUUAUUUUGCAAACUUGAAAUGCUUUUAUUUCUAAUAUAGAAAUAUACAUGCAAGUUUCACAAGUAUAUUGUUAUUAUUGAAUUGUUAUGUGAUUUUGACUCUUGUGAACAUAAUACAUGUGUAAUGAUAUUUACUUGUGAGAGUGUUUGUAUGUAUUGUGUAAUCUGAUUAUUGUAUGAAUGAAUGUGGUUAUGAUACUGAUGUACGAGACACAGUAUUACAAUAAAGCAACAUGAAAAUGCCUUACAA